AUUGUAUAGUCGCGGGUUAAGCGCUUUACGCAUCAGACGUUUGUCGUUCGUUGUUCGUUGUUCGAUGGCUGCUAGCUGCUGCUUGCUUAAGAAUUUCCCAUUGUGUUGAAUUAAAGUUGUGUGCGUGUGUUUGUGUGUGUGUGCCAUAAUGUCAUUGCCUCGCAUUGAUAGCAACAAGGACACAAAGGAUGCGCGGCUGUUGUUGCCAGCAAUGUUGACGCCGCGCGUUGCACCGUUGCAAAAAAUAUUCAUUGAUGACCUGACAAUGGAUCGACGACGUCGCCAAUGGCGUGUGCCCUGGUUCAUAUUAUUGAUGUGCUUUGUGCAGAUAUCGUUGCAUCACAUUGCCGACCAAUGCAUGCAACGUCGUCUCAUCUAUAGGCCGGAAUCACGGCAUGAAUAUUGGCGAUACUUUACCUACAUGCUGCUGCAUGCGGAUGCUUGGCACCUGACCAUCAAUAUGUGUCUUCAGUUCUUUGUGGGUGUCUGGCUGGAACUGGAGCAGGGUCAUUGGCGUGUGGCCGUGGUUUAUAUUGCGGGUGGCAUUUGUGGGGCAUUGGCCAAUGCCUGGCUGCAGCCGGAGCUGUUAUUGUUGGGUGCCUCCGCGGGCGUCUAUGCGAUGCUGUGCAGUCAUGUGCCCCACCUGGUUUUGAAUUUUAAACAAUUGUCGCAUCGUUAUGUGCGCAUUGCUGUGAUCUUGAUAUUGUUGAUGUGCGAUGCGACAUUCACCGCAUUUCAUUUUUGCAUCAAUCACAAUCGCAAUCCCCGCAUUAGUCUCGAAGCCCAUCUCGGUGGUGUUAUCGCAGGUAUCUUGGUUGGGUUUUUGGCUUAUCGACGCCUACUUCGAAAGAAGUCGAUGUCAACAUCCUCAACAUCAACUUCGGCUUCAACAACUUGGCAUUUUUGGGGCACUCAAGAUGCGUAAUAACUAAAUAGCUUUAAAUUAGACUUACGCAAUUACGAAUUCCAUACGAGUCGCCGGAUAAAGCAAAGUACGUUAUUAUUCUUUCUUUCUCUCCUAUCUCUAUUUAAAUUAUUAUACGAUUUAUUUGUUUUGGCUGUCGCAAGUGAUUUUUAUGGCCACAUACUUGUAAGGUUAUACAUAAUUAUAUUUUUCGUUAUACUCAAACUGUUUGAAUAAAUGUUAUUUUUUACACUUUUAAA